AUGCCAGUAGUAUCAAUUGAUGCUCUUGUCGUUGGAACGGGGUUUGGCGGCAUCUAUCAGCUGAAGAAGUUGAGGGAUCAGGGUCUCAAUGUCAUAGCGAUUGACGCCGCCUCUGAUGUCGGAGGCACCUGGUAUUGGAAUCGGUAUCCGGGGGCAAUGUCAGAUACCGAGACGUAUCUCUACCGUUAUUCUUGGGAUCUCGAAGACUUGAGAUCCUACCCAUGGUCUACACGUUAUGUCUACCAGCCAGAGAUUCUCGCCUACCUGCAACAUGUCACGAAUAAGUAUGACUUGCGGCGACAUAUGCAAUUCGAUACGGAACUCACUUCGGCUGAGUGGAACGACAGUGCUAAGCGCUGGAUCGUCACAACAUCAACGGGGACCAUCUUUAAAACUCGCUAUCUGGUCUCUGCUCUGGGAUUGCUCUCACGACAGAAUCUUCCUGACUAUGAAGGCAUUAAAGACUUUGUUGGUGACAUGUACCACACCGGAAACUGGCCCGGAGGUGUCGAUAUCAAGGGAAAACGUGUGGGAGUGAUCGGUAACGGCUCGACUGGAGUCCAAGUCAUCACCGCGAUUGCAAAGGACGUGUCGAAGCUUGUGAGCUUUCAACGAAACCCUCAAUACAGCGUUCCAAGUGGCCAAGGCCCUGUCACGGAAGCGUACCGCAAAGCAAUCAUCGAAAAAUACCCCAAGAUUUGGGAGGAUGCUAAAGAUAACAGCCUGUUUGGGUUUGGGUUCAAGGAAACGGACCGACAGACAUUCAGUGUCAGCGAGGAGGAGAGAGAGGAGAUCUACGAACAAGCAUGGCAAAAGGGAGGAGGCUUCCGCUUCAUGUUUGAAACCUUCGGGGACAUCUCGGUCGACGAAGCCGCAAAUAACGCUGCCACCAACUUUAUCAAGCGAAAGAUCUUUGCGACUGUUAAAGAUCCUGAAAAGGCGCGUAAACUUAUACCGACACAACUGUACGCCCGUAGGCCGAUUUGCGACGCCGGCUACUAUGAGCAGUUCAACCUAGACCACGUUGAGGUCGUAAGUUUGCAGGAAACGCCGAUUGUUCAGUUCACGUCUAAGGGUAUCGUAACCUCGGACGGCGCCGAACAUGAACUUGAUGUCGUAGUAUUUGCCACUGGAUUCGAUGCCGUUGACGGCAAUUAUACUCGCAUUGCGAUCAAGGGUAGAGACGGAGAAACACUGAAGGAUCACUGGCAACACCAAGGCUCGACAUCAUACCUUGGCUUGAGCGUGCCAGAUUUCCCAAACAUGUUCAUGAUCCUUGGUCCCAAUGGACCGUUCUGCAAUCUCCCUCCGGCUAUCGAGACCCAAGUCGAGUUCAUUUCAAACAUCAUCGAGGAAGCCGAGAGGAGGGCAAAGAAGGCGACGCCGGCUGCCUUGGUAUCCAGUGCGCAUACCAAUAGAACGAGAUCGGAAGUAGAGUGCUCGAAUGAGCCCGUCAUUGAGGCCACAAAGGCAGCUGAAGAUGAGUGGACGGAUGUCUGUGACAAGCUAAGUGCAGACAGUCUGUUCAGGAAGACUGAUUCAUGGAUAUUCGGCUCCAAUAUAUCCGGGAAAAAGCAUGCGGUGCUGUUCUAUUUUGCAGGCAUUUCAGCAUACCGCAAGGUACUUAACGAUGUUGUCCAGGGGAACUAUAAAGGUUUCAGACCUUUCUAA